AUGCAUGUUAUUUCAUUAUGGAUACUGUGUUUACUUUUGGUGUCUCCGGUAAUUUCCAAGAAACAUGAGAUCCAACUCGUGGACAAUGGAUACACGGGACUGAAGGUAGUAAUUUCUGACAAGGUUCCGGAGACUGCUGGACUGGUCGAUAGAAUAAAGACGGCCUUCACUGACGCGUCCAGUUUACUCUAUUCUGCCACCAAGAACUUGGUGUAUUUCAAGGAGAUAACUAUUGUUGUCCCGAAGUCUUGGUCUUCCUCCACCCAGUAUACUACCAGUUCUGGGUCAGUAUCAAGCAGUAUGGACUUUCUGGUGGACACUGCAAAACCAGAAACAGGAAAUACGCCAUAUGUCCAUGGACUGACUAAGUGCGGCGGACAAGGCUUGUAUGCGCAUGUCACACCGGAACUGAUGCUUACAUCUCAGUCAAUAGGAUAUGGCCCUAUUGAAAAGAUCUUGGUUCACGAGUGGGCCCACUUAAGAUGGGGAGUGUUUGAUGAGUACCCAUCAGCAGAACAGCCAAAUAUGGAUGAGAAUGAGAGAUUCUACAACGAGGACGGUACAUGGAAACCGGUUAUGUGUACUGAGAAGAUUCUGGGAUCUAAUCUACGAGAUUGUUCGAACUCUCGAUCAAGGUGCUUCGUCGACCCGGACGGUAAACCGGAAUCGGACUGCCAAUUCUGUGUACAGGUUCCGAACAGCGCUCGUGCCUCCUUAAUGGCUUUUCAGUGGAUAUCAUCCGUUGUCGAGUUUUGUGACGAGAACACGCCGUCAGUAGACGAAGCUUUACGUCAUAAUUCACGUGCUCCCAACGACCAGAAUCGCUAUUGUGGUCAGCGAAGUGUUUGGGAGGUGAUGAGGACACAUUCAGAUUUUAAUGCGUCCAACACAGCAGGGACUUCUACAAAGUCGACCACUCCCGAGUUUACUGUGGUCCAGGAAGGGGAGUUAAGACUUGCUCUUGUAUUGGAUAUUUCCAAUAGUAUGAACGCUAAGAUUGUCGGGCCAUCAAGACUACAGUUACUCCAGGACAUAGUAGGAAACUUCCUUAAGUACACAUUACCAGAUAACUCGGAUGUUGGAAUCGUCACUUUCUCCUCCGGUGCCCAGAUCGUCACUUCCAUGACUACCGUGACGUCAGACGCUGUACGUGAGAGUCUCGUGCAGGAUCUGCCGUCCACGGCAUUUGGUUAUACAGCUCUUGGAGAUGGUCUACUCAAAGGGCUAGAGGUUCUUAACACAACGGCAAACUUGAAUGGGGCUACCAUUAUAUUGUUAACCGACGGGAAGGAAAAUAGGCGCCCCCUGGUAGCGGAUGUGCUGCCGAUUCUUGUAAGUUCCGGUGUCACGGUCCACUCGCUCGCCAUUAGUAGCAGCUCAGACGGUCAGCUGACAUCCAUCUCCCAGGCUACCGGGGGGAGGAGUUUCUUCUAUUCUGAGAGCAGUACCUCCACGGCUCUACAAGAUGCUUUCGCGGGAAUAUUGGAAGAGUCUAGCGCUCCAGUACAGAUAGACAGUCAAAGUUUGUCGGUACAGGGUGGAAGUCCGGUGACUGGACAGUUCUACCUUGACUCUACAGUAGGACUGAAUACAGUCCUCCAGGUCAUAGUCAACGACACGUCAAGUGUGUCCGUCCGAGUUACCGGCCCGGACGGUACAACAUACACCGACAGCAGCGGUUCGUCUGUUAACUCUGUUAACCGAAAUGUGGCCGUUAGUGGCACUGCUGCGGCUGGUCGUUAUACAUAUACAGUUACGUCCGGAACGGACCUGAAAGGAACGUUAAUCGUGCAGUCCGGACGGAAGGACAAUACCACGGAUGGGCUCGUCGUCAGAUCAUGGACCUCUGAAAAACAGUACAGUUAUGGACAAAGUUCGACCUUCACAGUUUAUGCUUCCGUGCUCCGGAACAAAUCUCCGGUAUUGAGGACAACUGUCACAGCCAAUUUGGAGAACGAAGAUGGCGUGUCGGUAGCGAUUGGCCUUAAAGAUGAUGGUGUCGGGUCUGACCUGAGGGCUGAUGACGGUGUGUAUUCUGGCACUGUUCUUCCAAGGUACGUGACUCUUGAUGGCCGUCUCAGUGUCAAGGUCACAGCUGCAACUACGGACGGAACGGCAAAGGUAUUGGCAACUACUUCCGGUAGCGGUGCAGCUCCCCUCAGCGGCAGUGGCAACACAGUGACUCUUAGCAACCAGGAGAACUUUCAACGAGUAUCCCAGACUGGUGAACUAUUGGUUCAGAACUAUGUGCCUGGAUCACUACCUGACGUCAUACCUCCCGCCAAAAUCACCACCCUCUCACUUACAUCUGUUGACGACACAUCCGGUGUGAUACAGGUCACGUGGAAAGCUGUUGGUGAUGACAUUGAUGAUGGAACAGCUGCUGUUUACGAUGUUCGGUUGUCAACUGACAUCAACGCCUUGAUGACAAACCCAGGAAGUACCACACAAUUAACCUCCCAGUUACCUACUCCGAAAGUUUCAGGACAGGUGGAAACAUUUACUUUUACCCUUCCGGUCCUUAAUCGGGACGGUCGGACAUACUACUUGGCAAUUCGAGCCAUAGACGAUAGUCAGAACACUGGAGAGCUAUCUAAUAUCGUUUCAUUAUCACUCGUGACCGACGUUAAUUGGCUCCCAACCACUACCCAAGCCACCCAAACAACCACCCCAACCACUACAGCCAUCCCGAGGAUAGUCUACAACUCUGACCAGUCCAUUUUGAUUGGUCUGUCAACAGCAGCAGGUGUGGCUGCGAUUGGUCUAAUCCUGUUUGGUAUAAGCAUGUCCUGUUGUUUUGGUAGAUGGAAAAGAGUGCCGCCACGAGAAAAUUUACCCGAUGACGUGGAAUCCGGGUACAUAUCGAGACGACACGUGCGGAAGGGUCACUCGAGACGACAGAGAGGCUAUAACAAUGAUCACGCUGAUGAGAUACGGGAUAAUAGACGAAGUCGACAUAAACGGGAAGGCUAUCUGGACGUGUACUCUAUACCAGGUCUGACACCAUACGAUCAUUCUUACUCAUAUCAUGGCUCAUCAUCUAGUAACAGUAUGCCGUACAAUAUGUACCGAUAA